CACCUGAGCAGCCGGGACCCGUUUUCAUUCAGGCCCCGGGACCCAAGAGUGUGUUUUGUUCCGUCCCACGAUUCGACUCCUCCGAGGAUCCAGAUCAGUGCGGCCCUGCGAGCCGGGUUCUAGACACUGCAGGGAUCUAGCUCGGGGGUCUAGACUCCACUGACCUCUGGAGCGGCCACGUCUGGGGAUCUGGGAAACAGGACGAACAAUCCAGGUCUAGAGAAGGCGGGUUCCUGAUCCCACCACGUUCUAGACUCCACCAGGUUCCAGAUCAAGCCCCAGGGAACCUGCGCGUUGCUAGAGGAACAGAAAAGCUCCAACGCCCCACGUUACUGAGCAGUGACGGAUCUGGACCGUGCUGGCUUCUAGAGCCUGCAACCAUCCUUUGGCCUGUUACACCGUGAGGUGGAGUCAUCAGAUGGGAGAACUGGGUUCUAGAUUGUCCCAGGUUUCUGGCACCCAGUUCUAGAUCCUUGUGGGGGUCUAGCCUGGCCACGCGGGUGCUGAAUUCCACGUGUGUCUAGAUCCGGGUGGUCUAGGCUGGAGAGGAGACCCAGGCACAGGCCAAUCUAGAGUCACGUUCUCGUUGCUCUACGACAGCUGGAGGGACCAGACAUAGGGCUCUGGAUUCAGCACUGGAGGGACCAGCUCAGAGGAUCCAGAGCCUCACAAUGAUCUAGAGCAGACACGGCUCUAGACGCCAUCAGGUUCCCGAGCUGACACCAGCCAAGCCGACGAGUGUGGACUCCGGAAACUCCAGCAAGACCCGCUCGGUUCUGGAGCCCUCGCAUCCCCGGGAGCCGGUUCUAGCUCCUGCCUUGCUCUAGAGCGGUUGGGCCGGCGAGCUGUGGGUCUAGAACGCAGGGGUAGGGCUCCAGAGCAGGCCAGCCCAACGCAGGGAGCCCCAGAGCCCCUCGGAGGUUCUAGAUCAGGUUCUAGAUCCCCAUGGAGGAGCAGAGCGACGCCUGCCGGCUGUGCGGCUCCCAGCUGCAGGGCAGCCAGCGCCGGUGGCUCUUUCACCGGGCCCCCCAGCGCCCCGACCUGCGGGUUCUGCUGGCCCACGUGUGCCGGGAGGCGCCGCGCCGGGGGGACGGCCGGGGCGAGUUCCUCUGCGGGAAAUGCGCCCAGGCGCUGGGGCGGGUUUUCCGCUUCGACACGGUGAUCGCCCGGGUGCAGGCGCUGUCCCUCGAGCGGCUCCGGCGCCUCCUGGAGGAGAAGGAGCGUCUGGCCCGCUGCCUCCGGCACCUCCACGCCCGCCGCAGCCCCACGGGCACCCUGCCCCCGAGCCCGGCGGGCGCCCCCCAGUGGCCGGAUGGGCCGUACCAGCGGCUGCUGCAGGAGGACCUGGCGCUGGCCGAGUUCGAGUGCUGGGCGGAGCCGGGCGCCGGCGGGAGCCCCUGCCAGAACCGCUGGUGCCCCGGCUGCCACGGGCUGCGGGUGCCCGACGCGGAUUACGAGUGGGUCUGCGGGACGCCGCGGCAGCUCGGCGCCAGCUCCCCGGCGCUGCCCCUCUGCCGGGACAAGUCCCAGAGCCUGCCCGUGGUGCUGCGCGCCGGCCUGGGGGGCAGCGGGGGGCCCGGCGGGUCCCUGCGCUCCUGCUCCCUCCUGUCCCUGGCCAGCCUGGAGCCGCUGGGGGAGCCGCUGGGGGAGGUGCUGCGGGCGCUCAGGGGCAUCGGCCGGCGGGCGCUGAGGGUGCCCCGCGGCAGCAGGAUCCCAGUGCUGGCGGGGAGGGCAGCCCCCUCGGCCCCCCCCCGGGAGCUGGAGGAGGAAGAGGAGGAGGAGGAAGAAGAGGAAAUUGAGGAUGAAUUCGUAUCACUAGGGGUGCAAGCUGUGGGGGGGCGCCGGCUGCGGCGCCGGGAGCUGCCGGGGGCUGUCGAGGGGCUGACGGGGAGGCUGGCGGCGGCGGAGGAGGAGCUGAGGAGCCUUCGGGGGAACACGGGGGGCUGGGCCCCUGAGGACGCCGGGGUCCCCCCUGCGCCGGGGGAGGGGCCGAGCCGGGAGGGGCUCCUGGGGGUGCUGGCCCAGUGUCUGCACAGCAAGGAGGCGGCGCUGCAGCCUGGCCCCGCCGGGGGCCGAGCCGCCCGCCCCACGGAGCCUGCCCACAGAGCUGGGAGCGCCCGCGGGCCGCCCGCCCCACGGAGCCUGGCCCCGCCGGGGGCCGAGCCGCCCGCCCCACGGAGCCGGGCCCCACACCUCUGCAGGCGGCAGAAGGAGCGGGACCAGGAGCUGGAGCGCCUCCUCGCCGAUCACGUCUUGGAGCGGGCGCGGGAGCGGGGCCGCCUGCAGGGGGCGCUGCGGGACAAGGACCGCGACCUGGGGCGGCUGGCGGCCGCGCUGCGCACCGGGGAGCAGACCCUGCACGCGCUGCGCGAGACGCUGGAGCAGAAGGAGCUGGAGCGGGCGCAGCUGGCAUCGCUCUGCGCCGUGGCCCAGGACGCCUGGCGCCAGCAGGACCAGACCCGGGCGCUGGCGCAGAAGGAGCUGGAGGAGCUGGUCGCCGCCCUGCAGGCCGCCCUGGCCAGCAGCACCAAGGACCUGGAGGUGCUGGCCGAGGCGCUGGCGGCCCCGGCCCCGGCCCCGGCGCUGCUGCAGCGGCUGCAGGAGCAGGAGGGGCUCCUGGCCGAGGCGCUGGCCGCGCGGGCCCGGCUGGCUGCGGAGAUGGAAGCCCGGCUGCAGGGGGCGCUGGCGGCGCAGGCGGCCGCAGAGCAGCAGCUGCAGAGCUGA